AUGUCACUCGAUCCGACCACCUUCGAAACCAUAGUCCCUUCCCGCUACAUCACCUUCACAUUCCCUAACCCUCUUUCCCAGGACCACCACCUCUGCGUCGCGGUUCUCGACUCUCCAUCUUCAUCCACUGCCAGAAUCGCCGCCAUGUGGGUACCACCCGGUCGCGAAUCCGACUGGAUUUUCUCCACUUUCUCCGGCCAUCUCCAGCUUCUCCUCUCCUCCACCACACCCCACCACCUCUCCCGCUUAAUCCUCAUUGGAAAUCCCCCGGUUUACUCCCACCCCACCUCGUAUUUUUCCACGCCCUACCCCUCACCCAAUCAGUCAAAGGAAACCGAAGAAAAAUUACGCCCUUUAUUACUAGCGCUAACUCCCAAAUCAGCUUUCUAUCAGAAGGGUAUUUGUAAUAGUGAAUUCCCUGAAAUUCCUUUCUUGAUUUAUGAAGACGAGGUGAGUGGAUGCAAAAUUUUGGAAAUUUGUGAAGGGCCUUGUGCUGGUGAAAUGGUAAUAGAAAAUGUUGUGGUGGAAACUAAUACCACUAAAGAGUUUAGGAGGAGAUUGAGGUUUAAGAGAAUGCCAAAUCUAGUGCAAACCCAGAUGAGAAUUCUCCCAAAAAAUGAAUUAAAUUCUGGAGAAUUAGAUAACUUGGAGUUUGUAAUAGAUAAUAGUGUUCUGGUUCAUCCAUAUUUGAGUCCCAUGGUGGGGGGCCUUUCGGUAAUUGGAUCUCAUCUGGAAAUUCGAAUCAAGGGUGGGAUUAGGCCAAAAGCUUUGUGUCUGGGGAUCGGUGGUGGUGCAUUGCUUGGAUUUUUGAGUUCCCAAUUGAAUUUUGAUGUCACCGGAGUGGAGAAUGAUGAAGUUGUACUGCAAGUUGCGAAAAAGUAUUUUGGAUUAGAAAACAACGGAUUGAUUCACUUAUUUGUUGGAGAUGGAAUAGAACUUGUUGAAAAACUUGCGAAGAAUAUAACUGCCGAUAGCAAGUUUGAUAUGAUUAUGGUUGAUUUGGAUUCAAGUGAUGCAACGAUGGGCAUUUGCGCACCACCUUUGGAGUUUGUUAAGAAGUCGGUUCUUCUAGCUGCAAGAGAGGUUCUUUGCGAGCUUGGUGUUCUUAUCAUAAAUGUGAUUCCUUCAAGUGAGUUAUUUUUCAAGAGAUUAAUUAGUGAGUUUGAGGAGGUUUUUGAGGAGUUAUAUGAGAUUGAUGUUGGGAAUGGGGAGAAUUUUGUUCUUAUAGCUACAAUGUCAAAAAUCGAAAAUGCUUUGAACGCGUGUGAAGACACCCUUUUGAAUAAGUUGAAAUCUGUUUCAGGGUCCUAUAUAAAUUCCAUACAGAAAAUCUCAAGGAGUGCCCAUCAAGAAUUUUGCAAAUAG